UCGAACGAAUAAUGUCACGCCAAGAAGUUUUUCGAGCAGAAAACUGCUGAAGCAAAUCGCGUGAGUCAUUCCACAUUUUCUUUAUGGAGUUCUAAAAGUUAUGUAUUUAAAGAUGAUGAUGUGCAGCAGAUUAUCUCCAUUAGCCAAUGAAAAUGAACCGUAUACAUUCUCGUAGCUGGAUUUAUCUCUUUUCUUAUCAUUUAUCAUGUGAUACGGACGCUAGGAGAUUAUCUCUUGUGCAAAUUUGUUGAGUGCACAGAGCUUAAAUUAGUGAGACAUUGUUGAUAAUUCUUUUUGAAAAUCGCACUUUCAACAUAAAAUGACUCGAAUAUUUGUGUUGCUUAUUUUACUUUGUUACCAAAGAAAGAGCGAAAGCGGAAAUUUAACAAGAAUAUUUUGUAAAUCAUCAUUAUCAUCACCAUCAUCAUCGCCAUCAUUUUUAUAUUUAACUCAUUAUCUCUCUGAUUUCUGUAAUCCAUCAUCCACGUAUACCAUUUACGCAAAGGAAAGUGGCACGUAUUCAUCUGGGAUAUUUAAAAUGACCAGAAACGAUACUCCGUACGAUGUAGAUAAAAACUGUAACGUUGUUCUUAAAAUACCAGACAAUUAUAAGGUUUUACUUAGUUUCUUUUACGUUGACAUCCGUAAAAACGAACAUAGUCAAUGUGUGGAUCAAUUACAAAUAUCUCACUUUACUACUAAUAAACUCAUUUUGAAACCAAUUUGUGGAAGAUGGUAUAAUAAACGUGGUGAUAGAACAGUUUUUCCACUAAAUAGCUUUGUCAUGAGGUUUAAAAGUAAUUCAACUGGAUACAAUUGGAAUCAUACGGGUUUUAGUUUCAUGUAUACUGUAUAUAACCACAAUAGCAACAAUUCAGUUGGCAUAGGUGGCUACAUAGGAUUGACAUUUGCAGUACUGUUACUUAUUUUAAUAUUACUGUUCCUUGUGUCUCCUCCUUUGAAGAGAGAUUCAUCUCGUGUGCCUGAAAUACCAACAAUUUCAUCUUCGUGCCAGUGGCAUACUGGAACGUCCAACUUUCCUCCACCUUAUUCUGAAAUUGAAGAUCGUCCUCCUUCCUAUGAGGAGGCAGUUAGAACUAAUACAUCCUGA